UUGUUUAUGCAAUGUUGCAAUUGAAUAAGGUGGACAGGCUCUGCGGGUGGAAUCCUUGUCCAAAUGCACCAAUUGUCAACAAGGAUGUGAAAGGAUGUGAAAUAUCAGUCAAUAAGAAAGUUGAGGAGAUAUCACUCAGUUCAAGGCGCAGGGGAUCAAUAUGAAAUUGAAUUUGGAUGAGAACAAAAGAAUGAGGGAUACACACAGCAUUGUACCUAUAAGUGCCAAGAGUGGUGAAGACAUUCCUGAUUUGUUGUCACUGAUGGUCUAUUGGUCUCAGAAAUCCAUGGCUGAGAAGUUUACUUACAUCAAUGAAGUGCGGUGUACAUUGUUGGAGGUCAAUUAUGUUGAAGGUCUUGGGACAACAUUUGAUGUUAUAUUGGUUAAUGGGACAACAAUUGAUGUUAUAUUGGUUAAUGAGCUUUGUGUGAAGGGAAAGUAUCAGCAUCAUAGUGAAAUCAGAGCUGCACAGGCUAUCAAGAUCACAUCACCACAGGGGUUUAAACAUGCUAUUGCUGGCACUGCUCUCUAUGUCAUAAGGCCUGAUGUUGACUUGGAAGAAAUCAAGGAAGCAGCUAUGGAAGACAUGAUGAAUUGUGUUCUAGUGAACGACAACAUGAGUGGUGGUAACAGCAGUUCUGGAGACAAAGGUGUAUGUGCACAAGCAUCAGCUCAAGGCUCUUUGGAAGCAAUGCUAGAGUUUCUGAAGGCUCAAGAAGUUGAUAUUCCGGUUCGUGAAGAAGGCCAAUGUGAUGCUUGAAAAGAAGAUCUUGGCAUUUGAGGUCAAAGUGACACCCGAGGCCCAGAAACUAGCAGAUAAAUUGGGUGUGAAGAUUUUUGUUGGUGAUAUAAUGCAUGAGGUGAUUGAGGCCUAUAUGAAAAACCUCAAGGAUGAAAAGGAGAAGGAGCUAGCUGCUGUGGAGGAGGAAGCUUAUCUUUCGACUUUUCUUUGUUGCUCUCAUGCUUCUGGGAUGGGGCCAAAUGCAAUGGUUGCAGAAGCAGGAACUUGUGAGACUCUGAGUCACAAGUUCAAGGGAACUUGCUUGAGAGAGAGCAACUGUGGGUGAAGAAGGCCAGUGUGAUGCUUGAAAAGAAGAUCUUGGCAUUUUUGUUGGUGAUAUAAUUCAUGAGGUGAUUAAGGCCUAUAUGAAAAACCCCAAGGAGGAAAAGGAGAAGGAGUUAGCUGCUGCAGACAAGGAAGCUGUCUUUCCAUGUAAGCUCAAGAUUUUACCAAAAGGUGUUUUCCACAGGAAAUAUCCAAUUAUUGUGCGGGUUAAAGGUCUUCAAGGCAUCAAGGUUGGGACUCCACUUUGUAUUCUUCAGAGGGAGGACUUUGUGGUUAUCGGACGCGUUGAGACGAUUAAGAAUAGAAAUAGAUGUGUUGAUAUGGCCAACAAGUGACUCGAACAUCAAGAGCACCAACCCCAACCACAAAAAUGUGGUAGGGACCCGACCAGUUCUGCGAAUGUGCUCUGCUUGUUGCUCCGUUUUUGCAGCUUGCUGGUUUUUCUUGGCCUCCGCCGAUGCCCGCUUUUCUUGAGCCUUAUGCCUUGCAGCUGCUAUUUUAUUCAUUAGCUUACUGUGUGCCCGUCCCCUUAACCUUUCAAUUUCUACCUGGAAAUAACGGCCGUCAGUUUCAAUAAAUCAAGAGACUCCAUCGAUUAGAAAUUUGAGUUCACUAACAGGUCAUUGAAGGAAGCUCGUUGAAUAAAGUACCUCGACUUUCUGCAUCUCUGCUUCUGAUUUAGCUUUCUGAUGAUUCUCCCACGCUUGAAUUUUCAUCUCUUCACGUUUAAACCUGGACAAUUACAGUUAUCAUUACAGCAUGAAUUGUAACAUAGAACAACCAGAGCAUAAUGACUCUGAUGAGCCAACAAUCAAGUUACAAUU